GCCAAACUGUGAGGGCUAUAGCCUCAGUCGCAUUCACUAUUCUUAACUGUUAAUGUUUCAGUGCUUUGGCCGCCUCAUAACACAAAACACCGUGCAGAACCCUCCAAGGUUUAAUUUCCAGGUUGCUGACAGCCACAAGAAAUUGAACAGAUUUCUGGUCCGGUCUUGCCCUUUAGCGACGAUUUCAAGAACCCAUUAACUGCAAACCAAAAAAGUGUGUAUUUAAUUAUCUCUCUUCAGACUUCACUUCCUCUCUGCCUUAAUUAGCUAUAUAUCCGAGAAGAGAACAGUUUAGGGUGUCGGUAUAGCCAUGGCGAAACAAAGCAGCUCCAGCUUCAAAGCCGCGUCGGCGCUGCCUGCAACUCUGCUUGCUCAUUUGCUGUUCAUAGCCAUAUUCACCAUGGUCCUUGUAUGGCUGCUCCACUUCCGGGAAGGCGUGGCGUUCCGCUCCCUCAACAAACCCAAGAUUUUCAAUGUUCAUCCUCUGCUUAUGGUGAUUGGGUUCAUCUUGGUGUCUGGGGAAGGUAUAAUGGCAUAUGCGACAGUGCCAUCAUCAAGUAAGAGGCAGAAAGUGGUUCACAUGAUUCUGCACUUGAUAGCUCUUGUUCUUGGGAUUGUGGGGGUUUAUGCAGUCUUCAAGUUUCAUCAUGAGGCCAAAAUUCCACAUGUAUAUACCUUGCAUUCAUGGAUUGGGAUUUCCACCAUCUCUUUGUUUGGUAUCCAGUGGGUUUUGUCCUUCUUGACCUUCAUGUUCCCAAGAGCAAGGAGCUCAACAAGGGCAAAGAUUGCACCAUGGCAUGCUCUUCUAGGGAUCAUCAUCUUCUCAAUGGCAACCAUUGCAGCACUCACAGGCUUGACUGAGAAAUUCAUUUUCUUGCAACUCACAAAGCACAGCCAAGAAGGAUUAGUCAUCAACUUCACUGGUUUGCUCAUCCUUCUCUUUGCCAUCUCUGUUGCCCUCACUGCCCUCCUCCCUGCACCCUGAUCACAUAUAUAUAUUUUCUCUCUUUCUAUACAUAUUUACAUGUUUUCAUGGGUUGUAUAUGUAUGAUAUGACUUAGUCAUCUUGGUCAGUUUACUUUGAAAUUAUUUUUAUUUUAUUUAUACCCUCUUUUUUUUUA